AUGAUCCAAACCCUUCCCGGAAACGGAGCCACUGUAUCGUCUGGUGCCAGUAGUUGGAGCUCGGCAAAACUUGGUCAUCUCUUGUCAACAGAGCUACUUCAAGAUAUACACGAAAACUUUGACGACAUGGGCAAGGCAGCCAAGGUGGGCAUUCUCUUUGCUAUGUUGUAUGUCCGCAAGGGCGAUAUUAUGCGUAUGCAAAAUGUCAUGAGCAAGAUUUAUGCAGCUGCUGAAAACGACGAUCACGAAUGGAUCCAAGUCACUUCACGAAUUCUCAAGAAUGCUCUUACUGAACGACGACUCAACACUCGUGUGGAGCAAUGGUCCCCUUCAUUUGGUGAUGUCGUCGACAAGAUUGAGGGUGCUGUCAAGCAAGAUGGUAUCAGCUUUCAUCCCACUGAAUAUGCAUUGUUGACCAAAGAAGCCCAACCUGAAUGUCCUUAUGCAUCCAAGGUGUAUCGUUCGGAUGAGCCUACGCAUGACCAACACUUUAAGCUCAAUUCAACUGCUAUGGACAAGUCAAAUGCCGAUCGACAGCAACUGUUCCAAGAGCUUCUCAAGAAGAAUGAUGCAAAUGCUCGUCGCUCAAUGUCUCCACCUACUAAAAUGGGUCGUCCUGGUGUGGUGGGUCCCAAUGGUCCUCUUCAAGGUCGCCCUCGUCCACCUCCACCUACUGGCAUGUUCCGCCGUUAUCCAAAUGCUUCACAACAACCACCUUCUUCAAUGGCUCCCAAACCUGCUGCAAAAUCGCUCUUUAUUCCUAGUCGAGCAAGAAAGCCAUCGUUGGGAUCAGCUUCAAACUUUACAAAGAUGCCACAGGGUAUGCCCAAUCGUCCACCCCUACCAUCACCAUCUGCAGACUCUACACCAAAAGGAUUCCUUCGUCAAUCACGCGUACAAAUGAUCGACUUUAACGAGAACACAAGUUUGGAAAAGAGCAAUGCUGAAGAAAUCAAUGCCGCCAAAGAACAAUUACAAGCUGAGAAGGAAGCUAAAAAGGAGAUGGCUGCUGAAAAACGACGUUUGGAUAAGGAUCGAAAGAGACGAGAAGCUGAAGAAGAUCGUCAACGUGCACGUGAAGAAAAGUUAUCAGCUAUUCCUGCUCCCGGUGGUGAUCCCAAACGACAACGUCGCGCUCAACCAAACAAUCCACAAAUCAACACAUGA